UAGCGCAGCAUUGUCAACCUUCUUCGCACAUUCUUUCUUGCUCAACAAAUCUUAACAAUCGCUAUCAAAAUGAAGUUCGCUGCUGUCCUCCUUCCUCUCAUCCCCGCCGCUCUUGCUGGCGAGUGCAUCCGCGACAGCGGCUGCCCCGGCUGCGGUCAGGUUGCCAGCGUCAGCUAUGUCCAGGACGGAAGCACCUCCACCGCUACGGCCGCCUCCUACGGCUCCGUCACCUUCACCGACACCACCAUCACUGUCAAGAACACGUCUAACAAGUGGCUGUUAUUCUGCAACUACGGCACGGCCUGUUUCCCCGUCGAGGCCGGCGACACUUGCACCUCGACCCGCCAGUCCUCCGACUCCACCGGUCUCGGCCUUCAAGUGUGGUCCCAGUAAAAAGAUAAGUUCUGACCGGCUAAACGAUUCUAGCAGUGACUGCCAACUGACACGGAAGCUCAGG